AACAAUAGGGCAACGCCAUAUAAUGGCAAAUGUCAUUCAUAUGUCACAUUGCGUCUGUCAAAUUUGCUCUUUCAUUGGGGUCUUUUUCUUAUAUGAAAAAUAGAACUCCGAAUCUGAAAACAUUUUUGAUUGAAAAAAAUACGUGCGGCCAGUCAGUUGUGUUGUGAGUGUGUGUAAAUACAGAGUAGAAAGAAGAAACCAGAGCACAUCAAAAUGGGAAAUGUUAUGGCAGCAUCGUCGACGCCGAGCAGCGCAGCGUCUGCUCUGGACAAAGCGGCUAAAUCGGGAGUACCUGCACCACCAUCAGCUCCAGCUGGAUAUGGGGCUGUCGACACACCCGCAUCAACUGUAGACCUUCAACUGGAAAAUCCUGGUACCUUGGAGGAGUUGCAUAAAAAAUGUAAAGAUGUCCAGGCAAUGACCUUUGAGGGUGCAAAGGUAAUGUUGAACAAAGGUCUGAGUAACCACUUCCAGGUUUCGCACACACUCAAUUUGUGCAGUACACAGCCAAGUGGGUAUCGUUUUGGUGCCACCUAUGUGGGUACCAAACAGUACAGUCCCUCUGAAGCCUUCCCAGUGCUGCUGGGUGAUAUCGAUCCAUCGGGUAAUUUGAAUGCGAAUGUCAUACAUCAAUUCUCACCCCGCAUUCGUUGUAAAUUCGCCUCACAGGUACAAGAAUCCAAAAUAACUGCCGCCCAGUUGACUACAGAUUAUCGUGGCGAUGACUUUACUGCCUCUCUAACUGUAGGCAAUCCUAAUAUUUUUAAUAAUUCCGGUGUUUUUGUUGGUCACUAUCUACAAUCGGUAACCAAGAGCAUUGCAUUGGGCGCUGAAUUGGCUUAUCAGUAUGGUCCCAAUGUUCCGGGUGGUCAAAUUGCUGUACUCUCUGCAGUGGGCCGUUACACCAAUGGUGAUUCGAUAUGGUCUGGCACCUUGGGCUCGGGCGGUGUACACAUUUGCUAUUAUCAGAAAGCCAGUGAACAACUACAGAUUGGCGUUGAAGUCGAAACAAGUUUGAGAAUGCAAGAGUCUGUCGCUACCUUAGGUUAUCAAGUGGAUUUGCCCAAAGCUGAUCUUGUAUUCAGAGGUUCAUUUGACACCAACUGGAAUGUGUGUGGCGUAUUAGAGAAACGAUUGCAGCCAUUGCCAUUUUCAUUUGCACUAAGUGGACGUUUGAAUCAUACCAAAAAUCAGUUUAGAUUAGGUUGUGGACUUAUAAUUGGUUAACCUUAACACCUGAGAACAAAAACAAAACAAAAAGAAACCACUAGGGAUUAUGGUUAAAAUUUUAAAAUAAAACUAUAAACAUCAACAAAAACAAAAACACAAAGUUAAUAAGAAACAGUGAUUGAUUUAAAGGAAAUCCAACAAUUAGAUACAACAAACACAACAUGAAUAAAUGACAAAGCUUCCCAGAAAGAAAAGAAAAUCAACAACUCUAACCCCAUGGAAAAUUUAACGAAAUUGAAACUUAAAACAAAUUUAAAGAAAAAUCUAAAUGUAGGAAACUCUAUGGGGUGGAAAACAAAAACAAAAAGAUAAAAGCCAUUUACAAUUUUGUUUUCGUUUACAGAUUCAAAGCGGCAUUUCUAACCUUCUGUUUCCUGAGACACUACCAAAAGACUUUUUUGUUGCCUUUGUGUGUUUCGCCGUAUUAGAAGACAAAAUAACGCAUCUACCUUUGUUCAGCCAUCAACACCGCCAAUAUGUUUUUUUUUUACUAUUUUUUUUUAUAAUUUCAUCAUUUGUAAAAUUAAGGAUCAUAUUGAUGGGACUACAACUAGUAGUUUCGUAAAAUAUGAGCUUAUGGGUAAAUGUUAUAUAUGGUGCAUAUAUAACUUUGCAUUUGUUUAGGUUAAUAUUAAUCUUUUUUUUUUAAAAAGAUUUGGUCAACUUUGUUGACAUUUUCACUAAGGUCCACAAAAUUCUUAAAUUCUUGAUUAUUGGCAUUGAAAAGGUAUAUAAUGCCAAUUUUUCUUCUAAUUAUCCCAAGCUGUUAACCAUGAUUAUUUUUUGUAUUUUCAAUUCAAACGUAAGUUAGUGCAGUCUAAUGUGCUUUCCCCUUAAUGCUUUAAUAGUUCCUUAAUUUUUUUUUUUUUUUAAUAUUUGUUCUCGACAUUCUUUUCCAAGCCAAGAACAAAUAUGUAUAUCAAACAUCAUUUCUACACCCACACGUACAUACAAAACUAAUUAUAUAAAGAAUAAAUAGUAACAAAACCAUUGAAAUUAGUUUCUCUAAAGAAAUUAUAAAUAAAAUACAAA